CCUACCACCCUCUUUCCCCAGCUCGAUUGAGACCCCUCCCCCCACACCCAUACCUUGUUCGUGCCUUCAGCAGGGGUGAUUACAUGGGUCGCGUUCAGGAAGUGGGAUGGGCGACUGCAGGACUAGUGAUCUGGGCUGGUACCUGCUACUACAUUUACAGAUUAACCAAGGACCGAGUCCAGAGUGUGAGGAGGCUUGCCAGACAUGGGUCCCGAGGCAAGAUGGAGAGUGUGGUUGGGGUACAGAACCAGACCGUGGCCAAGAGUGAAGGCAUGGCUGGGACAGCGAUUGAAACUAAAGCCAAGGCCGAGACUGGAGCAGAAACUGGAGCAGGAAAUGGGACCAGGGCUGAAGUAGAGACUAAGGCCACUGCUAGAGCCAGGCCCAAAGCCAGCUCGCAGGCUAAGGCAAUGACUGGGGCAGAGGCAGGGACCCAGUCUGAGGCCCAUACAGUGGCCAGGGCAGUGGUCGUGACAGAGGGAGUGGCUCAGAGUGAGGCCAAGGCCGAAGCCAGGGAAGCGCCCGUGAAAGAGGCAGUGACGCAAACUGACUCUGAGGCUGGGAAAAUAGUCAAGAAAGAAGCAGUGACCCAGACCAAGGCUAAAACUUGGGCACCGGUUGCCAGGGCAGACAGCAAGAAAGAAGCAAUGACCCAGACCAAAGCAGAAGCUCGUAUGUUGGCUGAAAAAGAGGCAGACAUUAACAGAAUAAUGGUGACACAGAAUGAGGCCUUAGCAGUGACCAAGGAAGUGGCCGAGUUGAGGGCCAUAAACAAGACUGGAUGUGUUGCAGAGACCAAGGCAAGAGCCCUGGAAGAGACUGUGAGUGUGGCCAAGAUUCCGCCUGAGUGCAGGCCUGGUACCACAGUUGAUGUUAAGAAAAGUGGGAGUACCACGUCCAGAGCAGAAACUGGAGUGGACAUGAAAUCCUGUGCACAGACUCAGACUGUGACCAAGGCCCGUGGUGAUGACAUGUCUGGUGCUGGAGUUGAGGGCAGGCGGAAUCGCAAAACUGUGUCCAAGGCAGUGUCUGGGGUAGAUGUGAAGGCGCUUGCUCAGCCUCAGGUGGUAGCCAAGGCCCAGGCUGAGACCACGCCUGUGGCAAAAGGUGAUACCGGGGGAAAUACCACUGGCGUGUGUAAGGGGAGGCCAGGGGCCGAGAUGAGAGCUGCUAUACAACCUCAGACUGUGGUCAACAAACAGGCGGAGGCAACGCCUGGUGCCAAGGCUGAUGUCGGGGAAGGUCCCAAGGUGACAUCUGGUGCAGUGACUGGAGCUGACAUGAGGGCCACUGUUCAACCUCAGACUGUUGCCAGUCUUCAGGAUGAGGCUAUUCCUGACGCCAGGGCUAAGGGGAAAGGCAAUCCCAGUGCCUUACCUAAAAUAGGAACCAAGGCAAGCUUGAGGACUGAUUCCCAGCCCGAGGCCUUGCCUGCAGCUAAGGGUAAGAGCAAAGGCGAUUCCGUUGUCGUGUCUAAAGCAGGGACUGAGACAGACAAGUCGUCCUCUGUGCAGUCUCAGCCUAUGGCCAAAGUCCAGGCUGAUGCCUUGCCUGAUGGCAGGGUUAAGGCUAAGGAUAAUGCCAAUGCCGUGUCUCAGGAAGGGGCUGGGAAAGACAUGAAGGCACAGUCUCAGGCCUCUGUCAAGAGCCAGGUUGAGGCCUUGCCUAGCAAAAGAGGUAAGGCUCGGGGUAAAGCUAAAGCCAAGUGUAAAGCAGAGCUUGGGACAGAUGUGAAAAGCUGUACACAGGCUCAGGCUGGGGUCAAGCCCCAAGCUGAUGCCUUGCCUGAUUCCGGGGUUGAUGACAAAAGUGAUACUAAUGCCAUUUCCAAGACCGUGCCUAAGGCAGAACAGAAAACUUGUGGUCAGCACCAGGCUGUGGCCAAGGGCGAGACCUUGCCUGGUGGCAAGAAAAAGGUCAGGAACAAUGCCAACGCUGGUUCUAAGGUAGAGGCUGGGGCAGAUACAACGGGCCCUGCCCAGCCCCAAGCUCUGUCUAAUUCACAAGGCGAAGCCUUACCUGCUGGCAAGAAUAAGGUCAAGGGCAAUCCCAAUGUUGUACCUCAGGCAGGGGAAGGGGCAGAUACAACAGACUUUGCUCAGCCCCAGACUAUAGUCAGUCCGCAAGGUGAAGCCUUGCCUGGUGGCAAGAAUAAGGUCAGGAACAAUGCCAAUGCGGUGUCUAAGGCAGAGGCAGGGGCAGGGGCAGGAGCAGAUGCGACAGGCUCUGCUCAGCCCCCGGAUGUGGCCACUUCCCACAGUGAAGCCUCGCCUGGUGGCAAGAACAAAGGCAGGGGCAAUCGCAAUGCGGUGUCUAAGGCAGGCGCUGGGGCAGAUACACCGGGCCCUGCCCAGCCUCAGCCCGCAGCCAAUUCACAGAGUAAGGCCUUGCCUGGUAACAAGAAGAGGGCGAGGGGCAAUCCCAAUGCUGGGUCCAAAACAGAGACUGGGCCAGAUACGGCAGACUCUGCCCAGCCCCAGGCAGUGGCCAGUUUCCCGGGAGAAGCCGCACCUGGUGCCAGGAGUAAGGGCAGGGCCACUCCCAACGCUUUCUCUAAGGCAGAGGCCGGGACCGAUACCACAGGCUCUGCCCAAUCUCAGGCUGUGGCCAGCUCGCAGAGCAAGGCCUUCCCGGGUUCCAAAAAUAAGGGGAAAGGCAAUUCCUGUGCUGUGUCUAAAGCAGUGGCUGGGGCAGAUGCCCUGUGUUCGGUCCAGCCGCAAAGAGAUCCAACAGGUUCUGUUCAGCCCCAGGCUGGGAUCAUCUCCCAGGAGGAGGUCUCGCCUGGUACCAGGAAUAAGGGCAGGGGCAAUCCCGAUGCGGUGUCUAAGGCAGCGCCGGGGCCAUUGUUUUCUGCCCAGCCCCAAACAACUGCAACAGGUUCUGCUCAGCCCCAGACUGUGGACAGUUCUCAAGGUGAGACCUUGCCUGCUGGCAAGAAUAAGGUCAAGGAAAAUUCAAAUGCUGGAUCUAAGGUAAAGGCUGGAGCAGAUGCAGCAGGCUCCUCCCAGCCCCAAGCUGUGUCUAAUUCACAAGGCCAGUCCUUGCCAGGUGCCAGGAGUAAGGUCAGGGCCAAUCUCAGUGUUGUGUCUAAGGCAGGGACUGGGCCAGAUCCGGCAGACUCUGGCCAGCCUCAGGCCACGGCCAAUCCCCAGGGUGAGGCCUUGCCUAGUAAGAACAAGGUCAGGGGCAACUCCAAUAUUGUGUCUAAAAUAGAGACUGGGACAGAGACAACAGGCUCUGGCCUGCCCCCCGCUGCAGCCAACUCCCAGGGUGAAGCCUUGCUUGGUGCCAAGAAUAAAGUCAGGAGCAAUCCCAAUUCUGUGUCUAAGGUAAAGGAUGGGGGAGAUAUUGCAGGCUCUGCCCAGUCCCAAGCUGUGUCUAAUUCACAAGGCGAAUCCUCAUCUGGUGCCAGGAGUAAGGUCAGGGGCAAUCCCAAUGUUGUGUCUAAGGCAGGGGCUGGGCCAGAUCCAGCAAACUCUGCCCAGCCUCAGGCCGUGGCCAGUUCUCACUGUGAGACCUCACUUGGUGCCAGGAGUAAGGUCAGGGGCAAUCCCAAUGUUGUGUCUAAGGCAGGGGCUGGGCCAGAUCCAGCAGACUCUGCCCAGCCUCAGGCCGUGGCCAGUUCUCACUGUGAGACCUCACUUGGUGCCAGGAGUAAGGUCAGGAACAAGCCCAAUGCCGAGCCCAAAGCGGGGACCGUGGUUUCUGGCCAACCUCGGUCCGUGGCCGAUUCCCAGAGCAAGAUCUUGCCUGAGGCAAAGGACAAGGCUGCACCGAGGUCUCAGGCAGAAGCCACAGGAGAAAGUGAGCUCUGUGCGAAGUCAGAGGCUACGGCCAUGCCCUCCUCUGAGCAUGAGAGUGAGACAGGCACUCAGGCCUGCAGAAAGAUGGAGCCCAAGGUCCACGACUAUUACUGGAGUGAGAUUGGUGUUGAGGAUUGGAUUGCUUCUGAGCGGUGGAUCAAGUUUAGAUUUCAGGCCAGGGAUGGUUAUUGGGAGAAUAGCAUGUCCUGGGCUGAUGAUGAGAAUGAAGUCAAUAUUGGAUCCUGGGAUGGAGCUUUUGAUGAGGCUGCCAUUAAGUCCUGGCCUGGGGCAAGGGCUGAGAAUGAGGUUGCUGUUGGCUCCUGGACUGGAGUUGGUGAACAAGCCAGUGGAGGGCUUUGGGCUGGGAGUCAGGCUACUGAAGCGUUUUGGGCUGGGGGUCAGGCUAGUGCGGGCUCCUGGGCAGUGACCGAGGGCAAGGCCAUUGGAGGGUCUUGGAUUGGGGCUGCGAAUCAGUCCAUAGGGGGCACUUGGGUUGGCACUGAGAACCAGGCUAUUGGGGAGGCUUGGGCUGGAGGCCAGGCCAGUGGAGGGCUCUGGGCUGGGAGUCAGACCAAUGAAGCAUCCUGGGCUGGGGCCCAGGCCAGUGGGGUGUCUUGGGUUGGGGCAGGAGCCAUUGGAGGGUCCUGGGCUGUGGCUGAACAGCAGGCCAGUGGAAGCACCCAGGAUGGGGCUGGGAUUCAAGCUAGCACAGGGCCCUGGGCUGAGGCUAAGGCUGGGGGUGUGGCUACUAUCGGGUACUGGGUUGGGGCUGUGGACCAGGCUAGCGGGGGUUCCUGGGUUGGGGCUGCUGACCCAUCUGGUGGCGGAGCCAAGCCUAGAUUUGAGGAUCAGGCCAGUGAAAAUGUUUCCUGGACUACAACUGGUGGCCAGGCCAGUGGAGGGUCCACGCUAGGGCCCCAGGACCAGAUCAGUAUUAGCUCCUGGACUGGCGCUGUGGAUCAAGCUAGUGGAGCUUCCCUGCUGGGGCCAGUGGUCCAGUCCAGUGGUGGGACCUGGGUUAGGACUGGGGAACAGGCCGGUGCAGGAUCUCAGUCAGGCUAUGUGGACCAGGCCAGUGUUGGAUCCUGGCCUGGCACUGUGAAUCCAGUCAGUGGAGGAUUCGUGGUCGAGGCUAUCAACCAGGUCAGCGAGGGCUCCUGGACUGUGACUAAUGAUCAACCUGGUGCUGGGUCCAUGCCUAGAGCUGAGGACCAGGUCAGCGGAGAAGGGUCUUUGGCUAGGGCUGGUGGCCAGGCUGGUGGUGCAUCCCAGUCAGGGCCUGAGGAUCAGUCCAGUGUGAGGUCCUGGGCUGAUUCUGGGGACCAAGCCAGUGGAGGGUUCUUGGUUGUAGCUGUGGACCAGACCAAUGGAGGGUCUUGGCCUGGAUCUGGAGAUCAGAUUGGUGGGGGGGCAAAGCAUACAUUUGAGAACCCGGCCAGUGGAAGAGAGUCCUGGGCUGACAGUGGGGUCCACACUGGUGGAGGGUCUGGUCUGGGACCUGGAGACCAGUCCAUUGGAAAUUCCUGGUCUGGCACUGGGGACCAGGCCAGUGGAGGGUCCAGGUCAGGGCCCGAGGACCAGUCCAGUGAAUGGUUCAGUGCUUGUAGUGGGAGUCAGGCCAGUGGUAGAGUGUCUUGGGUUGGUGCUAGCAGCCAGGCAGUUGAAGGCUCUGUGUUAGGGGCUGUUAACCAAAGCAGUGGAGGGCCCUGGGCUGGGGCUGGAGAUCCAGCUGGUGGCUGUCACAAAGCUGGAUUUGAAGGUCAGGCCAGUGGAGGAGGCUUCUGGCCUGGGACUGAGGGCCAAGCUGGUGGAGUGUCCAGUCUGGGAGCAGAGGACCAGUCCAGUGGAGGGAAUUCUUGGGAUGAGACGGGUGGCCAGGCUGUUGGCGGGUCGACUCCAGAGCCUGCAGACCAGUCUAGUGGUGGGUCCUGGGCUGACCCUGGGAGUCAAGCCUGUGGAAGUUCUUGGAUCAGGGCUGGGACUCAGGCUGGUAGCUGUUCCAAACCUGGAUUUGAGGAGCAGGCCAGUGUAGGAGGUUCUCAGGUUGGCACUGGGGAUCAGGCUGGUGGAAACUCCUGGGUUGAGCCUCGGCCUGGGCAUGAGACCAGUAGAGGAUCUGGGUUGGAAUCUGAGGACCCUGCGAGUGGAGGAUCCUGGGGUAGGACUGGGGACCAGGCCAGUGGAAGGUCCCAUGUCGGUACUGAAGUGCAGACCAAAGAUGGAUGCUGGUUUGGGGCUGGGGGCGAGACUAGUGCAGAGUCCUGGUCCUGGAAAAGGGAAGAGGCUGGUAUUGUGCCCAGUUGUGGAGGUCAAAAUGAGACCAGUGCUGAAUCCAGAUCAGGGCUCGGGGAAGGAGCUAGCCUUAGUUCCAGAUUUGGGGCUGAAGACCAGGCCAGUGUUGGGUCCUGGGUCAGAUCCAGAGAGGCAGCCUAUGUGGAUUCCUAUGUGGGGGCCGAGGCUGGGGCUGGGGCUGAGGUCAGGAAGGAGUCUUGGCUCUGGGAUGGAGGUGCAGCCUCUACAGGGUCUAGACUUGGGGCUGAGGAAGGAGCUGACAUGGGGCUGUGGACUUUGGCAGAGGAAGUAGAUGAGGAUGAGCUAAGCAGAACGUCCAGCCCCGAUAUUGAGGAAAUCAGCUUAAGGUCCUUGUUUUGGGCUGACACCGAGAACAGUAAUGAGUGCAGAUCCCAGAGUGAGAAAGAUGUCAGGUUUGAAUAUGGGGCUGGAGAUACAGCCAUUAACAAGGACAGGCUUGAGGCUGCUGGUGGAGUUGAUAUAAAAUCUUGGUUCUGGGAUGGGGAAAACAAAAGUGAGGACACAGCUUCACCUAAAACUAAGUCGUCAGGCACAUAUCCUUCCAUGGUUCCUGGGGCAGGGAUGGGGUCGUGGGCCGGAGCCAUGUUCUGGACAGAAAUGAAAUUACCACAGCAAAAUCAGGCCUGCUACCCACCUGAAGAUGAGUUCAGAAAGCAGAUCAGGCCUGAGGAGAAAACUCAGGCCGUGCCCUGCCGCUGUAAACGUGAAGCUAAUAUGGAUCCAAAAGAACUUGAGAAACUCAUCUGCAUGAUUGAAAUGACUGAAGAUCCUUCCAUUCAUGAAAUAGCCAAUAAUGCUUUGUAUAAUAGUCCUGAUUGUCCACUUUCCCAUGAAGUCAUUCACAAUGCAGGUAGACUCUCAAUUAUUGAAAGUUUGCUCAGUAACCCCUACCCCAGUGUUAGGCAGAAGGCUUUAAAUGCGCUGAACAAUAUCUCAGUGGCUGCUGAAAAUCACAGGCAGGUUAAAACGUACUUAAACCAAGUAUGUGAAGACACAGUCACCUACCCCUUGAAUUCAAAUGUGCAGCUGGCUGGACUCCGACUGAUAAAACAUCUGACAAUUAUUAGUGAAUAUCAGCAUAUGGUUACGAAUUAUAUUUCAGAAUUUCUCCGUUUGCUAACUGUGGGAAGUGUAGAAAUUAAAGACCAUGUUUUGGGGAUGCUUUUGAAUUUCUCUAAAAACCCCUCUAUGACCAAAGACUUGCUCAUUGCCAAUGCACCAACAACGCUGAUGAAUAUCUUUAACAAGAAAGAGACAAAAGAGAAUAUCCUUAGUGCUCUUUCACUAUUUGAAAACAUAAAUUACCAUUUUAAAAGAAGAGCAAAAGUAUUCACCCAGGACAAGUUCAGUAAAAAUUCCCUUUAUUUUGUAUUCCACCGGCCUAAAGCAUGUGCUAAGAAACUUCGAGUCUUAGCAGCAGAAUAUAAUGACCCUGAGGUGAAAGAAAAAGUUGAGCUAUUGUUAAGUAAGCUCUGAGUAGCUGUACGUUUCCAAACAGACCUUGUUUUGCAGUCUGGAAGUAAUGCACAUUGUAAAUUGCAUUAUAACUUCAAAACAAAUGUUACUUAAAAUGGUCUAUAGCUAGACCAUUUUAUGAACACCAAAUGAAUUCAAGUUUGUCCUGAAAAAUAUGUGUGUUGACUUUUAACUUGUCUGGAUUGAGAUAAUUUUAGUAUGCUUCAUGAGCAGAAACUGAACCGAUUCUUCAUAAGUAAGGUAAUCUUUGGUCCUUUGUGUGGACUUAUGUUUAUACAUAUGAUA